AUGGGCGAAUACACCGGCGGGAUACCUGUUUGCGAUAACUGGACGUCGCCAUCCGAACUCACAUAUGAGCAAGACCUCCAGGCAUCACGAGUCUACAAGAAGUCUGCCAAACACCAUUCCUUCUCAUCUUUUACGAGCAGUGUUGCACACAGUGCGACCCUGUCAGUUUUCUCGAGUUUGAGCCUCUCCCAAGUUUCGUACAUCUCCUUCUACGCGUUACCCGUAUAUGCCACCGAUCUGAGUAAUAGUGAUCAGUAUAUGUUUGGGGAACAGGGUGCGGCGAGGGUUGUCAAAUUAGUCUACAAAGACACAUCUCCCACGUAUCGGCUCCGACGUUAUGGCAGUCGAAGCCAGUUUUCCGAGCCUGUUUCGAUAGAGAAUCUCCGGUUGAAGGGUCGCUUAGCCCGGAAAUACCCCGGGGGUCGAAUUGAACCCAAAACGAGCGACUCUGAGGUUGCAACAGCUGUACUUCGUAGCCACUCGGAAACAGGGUAA